CUGCGGUUGUUGUCCUGCCCCUCCCCCGUCGCGCUCGGCUGCUCGCAGGCCGGCGCUCCGCCCCGGGACCGGGGACGCCGUGACCCCGCGCUGCGGCCGGCCCGCGCCGGAGCAUCCCGAGACCGCGCCGCGCUCCCGGCCGUCUGAGAACCGUGUUGAGUUCACAGGACCGCCACAUAAACAUUGAGCCCAGGGAGGACACGAAGGGGACCUAGCCCUCCUCUUAAAAACCUCAAACAUGGGAAAGUCUCUUUCUCAUUUACCUUUGCAUUCAAACAAAGAAGAUGGCUAUGAUGGGGUCACAUCGACAGACAGUAUGAGGAACGGACUGGUUAGCAAUGAAGUGCAUAAUGAAGACGGAAGAAACGGAGAUGUCUCCCAGUUUCCGUAUGUGGAGUUUACAGGAAGAGACAGUGUCACCUGUCCCACCUGCCAAGGAACAGGAAGAAUUCCCAGGGGGCAAGAAAACCAACUGGUGGCAUUGAUUCCUUACAGUGAUCAGCGGUUACGGCCAAGAAGAACAAAGCUGUAUGUGAUGGCAUCUGUGUCUGUCUGCCUGCUCCUGUCUGGGUUGGCUGUGUUCUUCCUUUUCCCUCGAUCUAUUGACGUGAAGUAUAUUGGCGUAAAAUCAGCCUAUGUCAGUUAUGAUCUUCAAAAGCGAACCAUAUAUUUAAAUAUCACGAACACACUAAAUAUAACAAACAAUAACUAUUAUUCCGUUGAAGUUGAAAACAUCACUGCUCAAGUUCAGUUUUCAAAAACAGUGAUUGGGAAGGCGCGCUUAAACAACAUAACUAAUAUUGGUCCACUUGACAUGAAGCAGAUUGAUUAUACGGUACCCACAGUUAUUGCAGAGGAAAUGAGUUACAUGUAUGACUUCUGUACACUGCUCUCCAUCAAAGUACACAACAUAGUUCUCAAGAUGCAAGUUACUGUAACAACAACAUACUUUGGACACUCUGAGCAAAUAUCUCAGGAGAGGUACCAGUAUGUCGACUGUGGGAGGAACACCACUUACCAGCUGGCCCAGUCUGAGUAUCUAAACGUCCUCCAGCCACAAGAGUAAACUCUAAAGGAGAUGCAGUUUGAGCCAGUGACACCGGAGACAUCUUCAGAACCGUCAGUGAGGAGGUACUGGCUAGAAGGACAUCUUUAAUUGAGCACUAAAGUUCUCACUCAGACAUGGAGGGUUCAGCUAACAGAGUGUGGUCCUUACAGUUAUUGAACUCUCAUUCCAUGUUGCUGGUUUGCUCCUACCAAGAGCUUUUACUCGAUCGUAAGUUAACUGAUUGGCUUUCUUCUGACCUUUGUUCCCAAGGUGAAAAAUUAAGACUUCCUCUAAAUACAAUAAAUAAUUAUAUAAAAGUGAUAGACUUAAUCUUUAUCUCUUUUGAUUAUAUAGUUCAGUCAUGAACAUAAUUUGAAAAAUAGCUUCUGAAGAUUUUUAUAUGAAAUUACUGAAAGCCUGUUAUUCAUGGAGUACUUUUAAAAACUGACCUGUUUUAUAAAUUCUCAUUCUUACAUGGUAGUCUUUCAACUAAUUGAUAACUUAGCUAUUAGCUAAAUAUUUUUAGCUUUUAAUUUGUUGAAAUUCUAAUCAUUUGCAUGUUUUUGUGUUAUUUCUAGCUAAUGGUUGCAUAAUAUUUACCAACCAUAACAGUCUGCCAAAUUUUGUUUUUACACUUUGUAAGAACCUCUCAGUAAGUGUUUCAUGUAUAGCUUUGUGAACUUUUUGUGUAUCUUCAAACAUACUCCUUUAAUGUACAGUAUUGUAAAUAAAUUGCAUGGCUUUUGUACAGCUCUGAUAAAUGUCAAAUGAAGUCAUACAGAUUAAGAAGUAAAGUAAGUUGUUUAUAAAAAAAUAAAGUAGGAAAAUUAAGUUUAGAAACCUAUAAAGUAUCAGAGGUUCCAGCUACAUGUGGGAUCUGGCAUCAAAUAGACACACAGUGGAACCUGUCGAUGCUUUUCAUGUUAAGAAUUAUGACACAUUCACAGUGAUGAUGUACCAUCGAUUUUAGGAAUAUUUCAGGGAAGGAAAGUAAUUCAUAUAGUCAAAAAUCCUUUCCUUGAACACCGACAGCAACAUCAAGAUAAAAUAGAUUUCUUUAAAACUUUAACCACUGCAUCAUACUGAUUUGACGUGUCUAGCAGUUACAUUAAGUAUUUCUUUUUUAUUUUAAUUUCAUCGAACAUUGUUUUCAAGUAUGAUGGAUGUGUUCACCUUGUUAGUUUAUAUUUUCAGUGUCAUUUUCCAUAAAGUGUUUUUUCCUUUCACUCAGCAAAUUCUCCUUAGAAUUUAAAAUAUAUAACACUAACUGUAGAAGCUAAGUAUGAUCCCACAUAACUUCUUUUUCUUUCCUUAUGUCAGAAGUUGGGUUUUCCAUUUCCCAUACCCAAGUGCCUACCUUAGUUCUGCUGUGAUGUGUAGUCUAUUUGCCAGUCUGGUUCUCAAGUAUAAAAUGUAAAUUCUAACAGCUUAAUUCUUCUCUUAUCUUUCCUUAGCAUUCACCCCAUAUUCCCUAUGUGAGUGAGCAUUUUUUUUAAUUACACUUUAUUCACUUUGUAUCCCCCCAUAAGCCCCUUCUCCCCUCUCGGUCCCACCCUCUCUCCCCCUUCUUCACGCAUGCCCCUCCCCAAGUCCACUAAUAGGGGAGGUCCUCCUGAACCCCACGAGGAGAGCAACAGAACAAGAAAAUCUGAACACAGGGGUCUUCCCAGAGACUCAUACUCCAACCAAGUACCAGGCAUGGAGAUAACCUAGAACCCCUGCACAGAUGUAGCCCAUGGCAGUUCAGUGUCCAAGUGGGUUACAUAGUAAUGGGAAGAGGGACUGUCUUUCACAUAAUCUUGAUUGGCCUGCUCUUUGAUCACCUCCUCCUGAGAGGGGAGCAGCCUUACCAGGCCACAGAAGAUGACAAUUCAGGAGCUCCUAAUGUGAGUGAGCAUUUUAAAAAUCUUUAUUAUUAUUAUUAUUAUUAUUAUUAUUAUUAUUAUUAUUAGCAUUCCUUGGGCAUUAACACACCACAUCAGCUUCCCAGAUCGUCCUUUGCAGUCAUUCACGUCUGGUCAAACUGGUCUUUGUUUGGAUUUGUCUUUCUCUGUGCUUGCUGAUUACAUCCGUUCUCCUUGAAGCUGUACAUGUGUCUGCUUAUAUUUCUCAAAUCAAUCUCAUUUUAUUAUGUAUACACUUUCAUUUCAACAUAACUGUGAGUCAUCUGUUGUUGGUUUUGUUUUGUUUUGUUUUUGGUUCUUUUUGGUUUUGUUGUUUGGGUUAUUUUUGUUUGUUUGUUUGUUUGUUUUUGGUCUAGAAACGUCUAUACCAAAAACAAUGUAAUGUAAUCUUUAUGUAAUGUAACCCUAUUACAUAAAGAUUACUGGUAUCUUUAGUUUGGCUUCUCAACCUGUGCCUCUACCUGACAAGUAACUAUGUAGUUUCAUGUUUACUCAGUUAACUUUUAUAUUUUAGUGAGUUAGGUGAAAAAGCAAAAUGUGAAAAACUGAUUUCAGUCGUGCUUCUUCCUGACCCGGCUUCAACCUUCAUCAUAUGGUACACAGGAUCAUGAUUCCUUUCUUCAGAAUCAACCUUUACCUAUGCCUCCUAUAGUAAUCACUUUCUGUGGUCCUCUGUGUCUAUUUUUGUCUAGGAUAGCACUGGGUAAGGGAAGAAGUUUGGUUUUCCCUUUCUUCCAGAGUGCAUGUGCAAGAAGAGGCAAGACAGGGCAGCGACCUUUGCGCCCAGUGAAUCAGUUCCAAAAAGCUUUUCUUAACUCUUAGAAUUGAAAAUUCUAUCCCACCUAGACAUCUGGUUUUAAUGCCUAAUUUUAAUGAUAUUAGAGUCUUUCAAAACGAACAAAAAAUCUGUCAUUUAAACCUAAGAAACCUAAGUAAAAGAUAAAUGGAAGAGAGAUGCAGAUGGCUGUGACUCUUCAAGGCAAAUCUAGUAAUUCCUGAGUAAGCCAGGGUGGUAACAGGCUGCCAAUUUAAACCCACAACAAAGAGACACAACAACAAAACCUAUAUUUUGGAGAGGCUGAACGAUAGGCAUAAAAACAUUUGGGAGCAUGAAUGAGGUGUUUAAGUUUUCUUAGGUUGGUACUGAGUCCGGCUUUUGUCCGGUAGGUAUUAAUAUGUUUUCAUGAGUACCUUUAGAGCUCAUACCUGUGCCCUAUCAUUUAAAAUAUUUGUCAUAAAGCUAUGGUAACUCACGUUAUUAUGAGUAAAAACUUGAAGUGGCCAGCAAGAUGGUUGAGUGGAUAAGGGUGAUUGCCACCAAGCCUGAUCACCUGAGUUCAGUCUCUGCACGCGACAGUAGAGAGAACUGACAUUGUUCUCUGAUGUCACACGGUACCAUGUAUAAAUGCGCAUGCACACACACAAAUGCAUGUAAAAAAAAAGUUCUUGAAGUAAAUAAUGAUGGGCUAGGAUUUUGGUAACUUUGAAUUGCUAACUGAAAUAUCUCUAAAAGUAAAUUGAACAAUGUAGAAAACUUUAGAACCAAAUCUGGAGCUUAAUUUUUUGUGUUAAUGUUUAAUACUUCUUAAUCAUUCCAAUAAAAAUAAAACUGACAUUUUCAGUGUGAAUUAUUUAUAAAUAAGCUUAUUACAUUUGAGAUUCAAAGAACAGUGUGAAAAUAAUAGACAUGAGAUAAAUUUCUUGAAGUUGUUUGAAUGGCCAUCUUGCCUGAGGCAAGUUAAUAGACCAUGACUUUAUUUUGUGCUUAGUUUCCUUCUGACUCCUGUUUACUCAGGAUUAAUGAAGUAGUUAUUUUCUCUUAUUAAUUUUACAAGAAUAAAAUAUAACUCACUUCCGGUCAUGCAGUUUGUACUUGGGAAAAAGUGUGAAGAGGCAGGAGAUAAUAUGAAAACACAGUAUAAGUAACAUAUUAGGAGACUGGAUGGAAACUUGGCCCUACUGGAUCCUUAAUGGUUCUUAUGUGGGGUAAUUUUGAAUAUUAUGUUGGCAGGUGUGUUGCUGAUUCUUCUCCAUUCUUGUUUUUUAAAGUACUUAAAUUAACAUGUCUUCACACAAUGCUUCUUAUUUUAGCAGCUAUUCUCAUUCAUAUACUUAAAAUACAUGAACACUUUUAGAUUUUCAAAUAUAUUAUUUGUCUUCUUUGAUAAGAAAUAUGAGCUAAACAUGAAGUCAUUGGUUUAUAAUCAAAAGGUAAACCAGGUAAGAGUUUGAGGUAACUAAAAUGCAGCAGUUGCUUGGCUCAAAAUAAAUCUCAGAGUGGUUGGCUUUAUUCUUCUCAGUUUUUGUGAAGUGAGAUUUUAAAUGAGAUAUUUAUCUUUAACUUUUUAAAGAGAAUUAGUACAUAGUUGGAUAAAAAAAUCAUUUCUUCAAAGUUAUAUUUUUAGAUUAAAACAAAUGUAUUUGUGAUAUACUGGGUCAAAAAUUUAACUUCUAUAUCUCAGACCUAUUUACACCACAGUCUUCAAACACAGUUUCUGAUUGCUGUUACAUUGUUUGUUUUUAGCUUGCUGAGGAACAGGUUUCCCAGAACAGUUUUGAAGCUUAUCUUUUCUCUGACUAAAUCCAGCAGUGAUGGGAUUACUAUAGGAACAAAGGUGGAAUUUCCAUGCUUUAGGCUGUUAAUGCAGUUCCCUUUGUCGUUCUUUUUACACGUUUAACACAGACUCCAAGUUGAAAACAUAGUGUAUUUGGUGUUCAACCCUCAAAGCAGUGCAUAGUUAACUCAGCAAGAUUAUGAGGAGCUAUUCAUAGUUAAGUCUAACUAUUCUAGAAGGAAGCUGUUGCCUUCUGUUUAAUUACAUUAAUUGAAAUGUGUUUAAGAGAAACGUUUUCAGGAUAUUUUGUAUGCUGUGAAACACAAGAGUAUUGUGCCAAUGGCCAAAGGUAAUAUGACUACCGUGUAGAUGAUGACCGCUCAUACCGUCCCACUUCACCCGGAAUUUUAGAAACUAGAACUCCGGGUGAUACUGCAUCAGUUGUGUUGGGUGACUCUUAAGUCCUGUUCGUGUUGUUCAUCUUGUAAUUAUUCAGGAUGACAAGGAACAAUGCCGGGCUGUCCCAGAUGCAGAACUUCAUUACACAGAGACUGGCUUCAAACGCAGAGUAUUAGCCAGUCAUGUCUGUGUGCUUUAUCCUAUAAUUUCCCUUAGAACUAAACUUAAAAGGAUUGAAAAAUGAUUUGGGAUGUUCAGUGAUUGCAUGAAUGAUAGUAUUACUAAACUUUAACUCUUGACAGUUUAUUUGAAUCAUGGAAUAGAGAAUGUAAAAUAUGUUCUGUGUACUUGCUCUUUAGUGGCCUCCAUUUCGUGGCAUCUAUUAAAUUUAUUAUUUGUACAGUUCUGACUUACAGUUAUGAUUGCUGUUCGUGUAGGGAAACAGUUGUGAUAGGAACCGAGAAUAGAGGUGCCCCUAAUGCUAUUUUUUAAAUUCACUUGUAAUUGUUGCUCUUAUACUUGUGUAUGACACAAUAAAAUUUGUAACAACAUUUUAGCAUGAAAAAUAAAAUUUGUAUCAACAAA